GCACGGCUGUAGCUCCGUGUCCCAUCCUUCCCCCAGAUCUGACUUGGACCCCCAGGAUAGGUGACAUUGAGGAGAAACAUGAAUCUGAAUCCAUGGUCUCAGUUAUGAACUUCACCUCUUCUUACCUCCACAAUGGACAGAACUUUUCAUGCACCGCUCUCUACAAACGACAAGCUGGCAACACCGACCUUCGGUUUGAAAAGUUUAUGACCCUCCAUGUUCUUUAUCCUCCAACGAACACAUCAGUCAGCUACUCUGCUACAGUAAAAGAGGGCAGCUUGGUGAAUCUGACCUGCAACGGCAAUGCCAAUCCAGCUGUGUACACUUGGUACAAAGUGAAUGGAGGUCAGGUGACCGAUGUGGGUUCGGGGAAAAGGUUUUCCACCACUGUCUCAGAAGUUGACAGACAGUUUUACUGUAAAGUCAGUAACAGAUACGGAACCCAGAACUCAUCCAUCACUCAGAUAGACGUACAAUAUCUCCCUAAGAACAUCUCGGUGUCUGUUGACCCCUCUGGUCCGGUGCAGGAGGGUUGCCCUGAUAGUUUUGCAUUCAACAUGUCACUUUGCAAAACUGAGAAAGGCCUCCACUCUUUGUCUAUUGGGAUCGGUUUUGCAGUUGGAGCUCUGGGGAUGCUGCUGGUGUGUUUACCGCUGCUUCUAAUAUACUACCGGAAAGGAAAAGUCAUCUCUUCCUCCGACAAAGGAAAGGCGGAGACUUGCAACCCUAUAAUUACUAAUGCGAUCAACUCGUCAGAAGUGGAUGUGGUUUAUGGUAAUGAAGCCUUUCUGGAAAUGAAAGAAGUAGAUGGGGAAGAACCUCUCCAUUACGUCAAUGUGGACUCUGCUAAACUGCAGGAGAUUACAGGCCUGGACUCAGAGACGGCUGAGUAUGCUGAGAUCCAAUCGAUCUGAGGAGAUGCAGAGGAAGAAGAUAACAUUGCUGACACUCAAUUGGGACAAGAGAAGACACCUUAGUCUCAUAGACCUUGUGGUGAAGAUAUUAUGGCUGACGUUUAAUGGAAAUGGUAGCUUAAACACAGCAAUGUGCGCCUCAAACUGCUACAGGACUUAUCCAUAGCAGAUCCCCGCUGUGGUAAAAAGAAAACUGCAGCAGCGGUGAUAGAAACUGCUCUGCAGGCAGCUUAUGUAGAUGCUUCAAGUUUAGUUCUGGACUUUUGUUACAGUACAUAUUUUUCUUUGGUCCAUAAGAUACAUAGCAAAACAAAAUCACCAUAAAAUGGAUACAUACUGUAUAGCAGGUAGUUACCCAACAAUCAAUUAUAACAAUACGUUUUUGCUUUGAAAUCAUGACCUUACUAUAUUUAAUAUUUGAAUGCUAUCUUGCAUCAUGAUUUUACAUUUAAAGCCUUUGCAAAGCGUGAAAGAAGCAGCUGGACAUAGUUUGUCAAACUUUUUUUAUAGAUUUAUUUUUCAAAAUACAAAAACUUUCAGUUUGUUGGCAGUUAUACAAAUUGUGAAAAGAUUUUAUAAAGCUUGUAAUGAAAUAGAGCAAUAUGUAUUUGGUACAUUGUUUGAACAUGUUUAUUUCAGAAACAAGCCUCUUCUGCACAAUAUUUCAACAUUAAAGCCCUCGUUGUAAAUGUCAAUACUUUUUUUUAAAUAAUGUAUAUUAUAA